CCCCUCACGCGUCGCUGCUAAAUGUGCCCGCGUGAGCGUCAGUGGGAGUCCCCUUCACUGGGUCCCUUUGCAGUAGUGUGGACUGGAGAGUUGUAGAGAGAGCCGAGCAGAAGCGUGAACAAACAGAAGUAGUGCCAUAAAGUGAACAUUUGACACUAGCGCAAAGGUUUUUACUUUUACCGCGUGGAUCCGUCUUGUACUGCCAUCAGAGAGGGACGCCGAAAGCUUACAACGCGCGCGCGUCAGCUGGCAUGAGCUAACCCACCAGACAUGGAAACCAAACCUUUCUUGUCAUUGGGGUUCCUGAAACCCCAGUGCUCGAUACCACCGCCACCUCAGAGAGGACGAGCAGAAGCAUGCACGUGUUUCAGCGGAAUGUGUGCCCUUCAUCAACGCAGGCUUUCUACAGACUUGUUAAUACCAAGGACCCCCCAAUGUGAUGAUCCCUUUAGACGGACUCCCUUCCUAAAAUAUAAAGACUCCUCGGGACAGGUGACAGCCUCUCCUCUUAGCUCACCCACGUCCCACCGGGGGAUGCAUCCGUCACUGCUGAGCCCGACUUCAUUGGGCCCCUCGGGGUCUCUGCACUCCCCCAUCAGCUCUCUGAACUCCCCCAUGAACGGCCUUGGCUCUCCCUUUUCUGUCAUCAGCUCGCCCAUGGGGCCACAUUCCAUGGCGUCACCCGGGAUGGGCUACGGCCCCAGCAUCAGCCCACAGUUGAAUUCGCCCAUGAACUCUGUCAGCAGCUCAGAAGAUAUCAAGCCGCCCCUGGGCAUCAACGGUGUGAUGAAGGUGCCAGCCCAGCCCUCGGGCACCCCUCUUUCCCUCACCAAACACAUCUGUGCCAUCUGUGGCGACCGCUCCUCAGGUAAACACUACGGUGUGUACAGCUGCGAGGGGUGCAAGGGUUUCUUCAAGAGGACUGUGCGUAAGGACCUGACCUACACUUGUCGAGACAGCAAGGACUGUAUUAUCGACAAACGCCAGCGCAACCGCUGCCAGUACUGCCGCUAUCAGAAGUGUUUGGCCAUGGGCAUGAAGAGAGAAGUAUUAUUACAUACAGCCGUCCAGGAGGAGCGCCAGCGAGCCAAGGAACGCAACGAGAACGAGGUGGAGUCGACCAGCAGUGCAAACGAAGACAUGCCUGUGGAGAAGAUCCUGGAGGCGGAGCUUGCUGUGGAGCCCAAAACGGAGACUUACAUUGAAACCAAUGUACCGAUGCCCUCAAAUUCACCCAAUGAUCCAGUCACGAACAUCUGUCAGGCCGCAGACAAGCAGCUCUUCACUCUCGUGGAAUGGGCCAAGAGGAUCCCGCAUUUUUCCGAGCUCCCGCUGGACGACCAGGUCAUUCUUCUACGAGCAGGAUGGAAUGAGCUCCUCAUUGCGUCAUUUUCACACCGUUCAAUAGCAGUGAAAGAUGGGAUACUGUUGGCCACAGGACUGCACGUGCACCGGAACAGCGCCCACAGUGCCGGAGUAGGGGCCAUAUUUGACAGGGUGCUGACGGAGUUGGUGUCAAAGAUGAGAGACAUGCAGAUGGAUAAAACAGAGCUAGGAUGCCUUCGAGCCAUCGUCCUCUUCAAUCCAGACUCCAAAGGCCUGUCAAACCCAGGUGAGGUGGAGGCGCUGAGAGAGAAGGUCUAUGCCUCUCUGGAAGCCUACUGCAAACAGAAAUACCCUGAACAACCUGGAAGGUUUGCUAAGCUGUUGCUGCGGCUCCCUGCCCUGCGUUCAAUUGGACUGAAGUGUUUGGAGCAUCUGUUCUUCUUCAAGCUCAUAGGGGACACUCCCAUCGAUACCUUCCUCAUGGAGAUGCUAGAGGCGCCCCACCAAAUGACAUAAUGACAUAACGCCCUCCUGUCACCAGGGGACACACACAAAAGGGUCUGCCACCCCAAAGGCCCCUUAGAAACUGAACACGUGACACCAUUUGCCAGAGCAAAGGAACUUUUAGAACCAUUACACAGUCAUGACGUCCGUGGGUCUGUUUUAUACUUUGUAUAAAGAUAUAAAUAUAUAUACAACACAUAAGAAAAAAAUGACAAUGAACUUCAAGCCCACAGACAACAGUGGACACGGGUUUACCAAACCAUUCUUCAAUGUGUACAUAAGAAAAAAAAGAGAAAAAAAAAGGAUAGAUUUAGUGGAGGUGUAGUAAUUGCAGGAAUGUCUUACGCAGGGUCAUGUACGUUGGGAUACAAUGGGUUUUAUAGGAAGGGAUCAAGGGGGCGUAACCAGCCUCAUUCAGGAUUGGAUAGGGCCAUCCUGGCCUGGCAUGUCAGAGCACAUGAAGACUUAUGGGAGAUGAUGAUGAUGAUGAUGAUGGUAAUGCGGGUUAUAAUCCAGGUUUCUAACACAAACAUUGUGUUUUCAGCUCCUGAUGGGAGUUUUUGCGAUUACAAUCCUGCUCAAAUUGCCGUUUUCCCCUCAAGCGGGCUGUCCCUGAUAGAACGUUCUUGUAAUUACUGUCAUUUAAGAAGCGAGUUUGCUCUGAACCAAGUGAGCAAUCACAGUUCACCCGAGCAUCAUCAGUGGUGUGUGGGAGACGCAAUAAGGACGUGACUUCAGGAUCAGACAGGAAGGGACGCCUGAGGUCGCCCUAAUGAGCCACCCUGAGUUUUGGAUUAUGAUCAUUCACACUUAUGCAUUUGAAACAUGAGCUUUUAAAAAUCCAAUCUGCCUGUUCUCACAGAGCCCAUGAUGCUGAACGGCGUAAACUAAGGACGCUUAUAGUGGACAUCCUGCCAACUGUAAUCCGCCCACAUGUCCCACUGUGUCUCGUCUGCAUAACAAUUCACCUCAAGCGGUUUUCCAAACGAGCUCGACACUUGUACAGUUUAUUACAGCCAAUUCAGUAUUGGUAUCCUGUAUUUUUUUGGAUGCUUUUUCAAAAUGUGUGCCGUUACCUCUCUUUCAGUCACUUUUACUCUGGUAUAUCGAGUCUUUUCUUGUGUCCCGUGUCCACUCCUGCGUCAGCCGUUCGCACGAGCUGCCUCAUGCAUUCAGGUCUUGCAAAUCUGUGUUAUCAUUAGGAUGUUUCUAAGCACUUAACCUCAUGUUCAGUCUCAUUGUUGUGUUUUCGGAGCUGCCUUUUUUAUGAGGUAUCAUCUGUUUCCUGGGUCUGUAAUUUGCCAUCUUCAGCAUUUUCUUUAUUUCUGUAUGCUGCUGCUACUGCUGCUGCUGAACUAUGCAUUUAGCUUCUUUUUUUUUCUUUUCCCCAAGACUGUCCGUAGUGAGGUUGAUUUUCAAACUCUGGCAACGAAAGACCACAUGUGAACAAGGUUACACCGCUAGGACCAAGAUCCGGGUCUCCAGCAGUUUCGGAGUGGAGCAGUAGAGAAUAAUACUGAGGCAAUGGGAGAGCUGAGACUUCCACCUAGUGGUGGAGAUGCAGCACUGCAACAUUACUUGAAUUUUUUACAAGUAUUUAAUUGGAUAAAAAAAUGGCACUUUUACGUGAUAUUAUCCGUGUUUGUUUUUGUUUGAGUGCAGUCUCACAAGGGUCUUCAGCAAUAGUUUGAUUUAGAUCACUCGAAAUGGUUUAUCCAGAGUGAAGCCCAACCAACUCCAGUCAAUGCUGUUUAUUAGGAUGCGGCUCUAUAAUUACAUUUCUAAAAAUCAGCUUUUCGUCCUCUUAACUCUUUUCCUUUGCGUGGCAGGUGAUUUUGAAUGGCUUCACUAGAAUUUGUAAUGAAUUAAUAUUUUGGAUCACCGGUAUCUUGAAGCCAUAUUCAGGUUUGAGAUAAAAAAAAAUAAAAAAUAAAAAACAUUCUCCUGUUGGAAAUGGAGUAAUGCAGAAAUGAUAACCUAGAUAGAAUUAAUACAUACGCAAAUGCUUUAUAACAUAAAGCUCUAUUUUGUCUAUAUGUAAAUGUGUGUAUAUUUCUAAAUAUGAAAGUAUAUAAAUCCAUUCUUUAAAUGUUUCCAAACAAUGUUAUUAAGGGAGCCAAGCGUUUUUCUUAAAUUGACUAAAACCAGGCCUAAUUGCACUGUUGUAUUCUUAGAUACUAGAAAUGUUUUUAAUUGCUGAAGCUUUUGUGUUCAGCCUUGAAUCACACACACACACACACACAAAGUCAAAUUUGAAACUAAUACCAGCAGUUCAGAGCCCUAAGAAAAGAUCAUACACCAGCUCCUUGACUUAUGAAUCAUUUUCUGUUCACAAAACCUCAGACAAAUGUCUUGUUUGUGAAAAAAUCUGUUGCUUAGCCACUUUUUCGCCAUUUAAACUAGCGAGGAUAAACUUUGACCCUGACACAGUCACCGCUUCAGUCGUCACCGAGACACAACCUUUUAAAAACGUUGAGAAAACUAUAGGAAAAAAAAUCUAUUUUUGUACAAAUGUAAUUUUAACCCUUGCUUCUAUCCUCCCUUCCUUCCUCUUUCUGUGGGCUGUUGUAUACAUUGUGUAAAUGUUGAUUUGAAGUGGGAAAAUUCAAAUCUGAGCAUUUGAAAGUGGAAUUUUGUGGGGGAUGAUGUCAAUUCCGACACCUUCCCUCUUUUCACCUCAACUUUGCCUUUUGGUUUCCUUCUUUCACCGUCUCAGAGAGAAGGAUUGUCCUCUCAUCAUAUUUUGUCUUAUUUUUAAGGAAUUUAAAAAGUCAUCUGUUCUACUUUGUGGGUUGUUCUUUGAUGUUUUGUCUUUCAAUCAAAUUAAACGUCUAAUUAAAAAUA